GCUGAGAAAGAAAGAUAUUCAAUUACUAGUCCGUUGUCUUUGCAUCCAUUCAACAAACAACACAAUGAGAAUUCAAAUAUUGGCCUUAACACUUUUGCUGGGGCAUUUUGGAGUCCAGGCACUCGAUGGCAAAGCCAAGAGCGAGAGCGAGAGGGACAGCAGCGUCGCCGCCUCCGCAUCCUCAGCCUUGGAAGCGGAAGGAACGAAAGACAAGCGACAGGUGAGCAGCAAGGAGACUUCACUGUAUCCCAAUCAUCGCAGUGAGGCGGCUGUGGAGCGUGCAGAUGAUCCCGAGGAUGGACAGGAGACGAUCUAUGGCACGAAACCGAAUCAAUUCAUCAUACGCCCCAUUGCACCGCAUCAACAUCAACAGCAUGAAUCGCAUCAGGAGCCGCAACUGCGCAACUUUGCCGCAGCCAAUUCUCGUCCACAUGCCGCACAAUUGCUGGAGCAGAGCCAAGAGAUUCAGCACUAUGUUUAUCUGCAAGAUAUACAACGACAUCAGCCCAAGACGUUGGCGUCUGCAACUCAAGGUAAGGGUGCAGUUGCCAGGGAGCAACAGACAGUUGCGGCCAAGAAGGCAACACCUGUGGCCGAGGAGGAGCAGGAGCAGGAGGCGGAGCAACGUUAUGCCGUGUCCAUACAACCGCAGCCACAUAAUCUUCGAGGUGGUCCCUAUGCGCCCUAUCAGCUGCCCUUGCCACUGGCUGCACCACAGCACCAACAUCAGCAGCAUCAACAACAUCAACAGCAGCAGCAGCAAUUGCAUGCUCAACAGCAGCAACAAGCGCCACAGCAACCUUAUCAAAUCAUUCCCGAGGAGCAAUUCUUGAAGUUGCUGGAGGAGGAGCUACAAGUGCGCGCCUACCACGAGCAGCUGCGUCAGCAGCAACAGCAGCAGCAACAUCAACAGCAGCAGCAGCAGCAGCAACAUCAACAACAACCACAUCAAUCCCAGCCUCGUUUGCAGCCUCAAUCGUUGGGCAAACCUGUGUCCAUUCACAGCACAGCUGCCACCCACAAGGUGUUGCAACAAGCGGAGCCUGCAUUGGGUCUAGGUGGUUAUCGGGAUCGCUAUGUGGCCGAGCAGCAACUGGUGCAGCCCAGUUAUUCCCGCGGUGGACCCAAGUAUCUGCCACAGCCUCAGCCUCAGCAGGAGGAGGAUGAUGCCCCGCCCGUGCAGCAUCAGCGUCAUCAGCAACCGCAGCAAUUGAUUGCUGGCUUGCCACCACAAAUUGCCUACUAUCAGCCACAGAUUAGCUACAAGACGCUGCCCAAUCAUCCGCUGGCCAAAUCCUCGCUGGAGAGUGAAAUCGAGAAGCUGCUGGCCGCCAAUAAGCCAGGUCCUGGCCAAACUCUAGCUUACGUGGACAGCAGCAAUGAGCCGACGCUGGUGAAUCAUCAGCAACAUGUGACACGCCUGCCGCCUCCACAGCAUCCAGCACCGCCCACAUCCCAUCCAGCGUUGCGUCAACCCAAGGCCUACUUGGCCAGCACUCCCAAUUCUCUGCUGGAUGCCAACAAUCAACCGUUUGUGCCGUCGCUCUUCAAGUUCAGCAACUUUCAGCAGCCGACGCCAAUUUAUCCCGGCCAACAGCAUGAGGGGAAGCGAUUAGGACCCGUUGUUUAUCCAACGGGUGCACCUGCUCAGCCACAGCCCUCGCAGUACUACUACCAGGAGACGGCGCCCACAGCAGCACCCAAGCCGAAGCAUUAUCGCACCAAACACUAUAAGUUACCCACGCCAAGUCCAACCAAAUCCUAUGAGAAGGCUCUGCUCUAUGCCGACUAUUCUGAACGUACCCAGGCUCCAGCUCCGGCUCCAACUGCUGCCCACUUCUAUCCAAGUCCACCUGAUCCCCUCAAGCAUGCAUCUCAUCGUACUGUUGCGCCCACAGCGUUGCCCAUUGACUAUCCCGCUCAGCCUGCACCGUCUCAGUCCAGCAUCUAUGUCUCCCAAGGCACUGGCAUUGCCACGCCCUCAAGGGUUACGCCCACUGCUGCAGCGGUGCACAAACUGCGCACCUUGGACGAGGUGAAGCAACUGAAUCUGCCGCCUCCCAAUGGCAAACCCCUCACCCAGGCCGAGUUCCAGGCGCUCGUCGAAGCAGGUUAUCCCGUCAAGGCGGUGCCCGUUCCUGUACCCGUGCCGUAUGAGCAAUACGUCAAGGAUCAUCCCGAAUAUCGCAAUCAUCCGCCUGUAGACUACGCCCACAUCAUGCGUCUUGCCUCCCGCCAGUUGGCAGCUCAUCAGCAUCAACAUCAACACUCCCAUCCGCAUCAACGUUCACUCGCCUCUCCCUCGGAGCCGUCUGUGAAGAUCAUCUCCUCCCCCACGGCUGCGGAGGCGCAACAAACGGCCACCGGCAUCGGAGGUGGCAGCAUCACCUACUUGCAACGUCGGCCGCGCGAUGAACAGGACACCGCCGUUGCAGGCAGCGAGACGAAGGCAACGGAUCCGGAGCCCACAAAGGCUCAAUGAGUUGCAAUCCUUUAGUUAAUCUCACUCGCCCUUUGCCUAGUUAUAAGUAUUGUAAAAAUGUUUCUGUAUGUUCAGCACUUGUCUAACGUUAAAUUAUAAACUAAUAAACUAUAAAAACCAUUAAU